AUGGGCGUAAAUUCCACCAAAGGGUAUGAUUUUUCUGGCUCUUUUUGUUCAUGGAAAGGGGUGUUUUGUGAUGCCAAUGGAGAAUAUGUUGUUAAAUUGGAAGCUUCUGGUUUGGAUUUAUAUGGUGUAAUUCCUGACAACACCAUUGGAAAACUGAAAAAUCUUGAAUUUUUGGAUCUAAGCAAUAACAAAAUUACUGGUCUGUCUUCUGAUUUUUGGAGUUUGAAUUCACUCAAGAAUCUUAAUCUUUCAUUUAACCAAAUUUCUGGAAUUCUCCCCAGCAACAUAGGGAAUUUUGGGCAACUUCAAAGUUUGGAUCUUUCUUUUAAUAAUUUCUCUGGGAGUAUUCCUGAAGCCAUAAGCUCCCUAAUCAGUCUGCAAGUUCUUAAUCUCAGUACAAAUGGGUUUGAAUCAGUUAUACCAUUGGGGAUCUUACAAUGCCGGUCGAUGGUUUCCAUUGAUCUUUCUGGAAACAAGCUUAAUGGCUCUCUUCCUAGUGGAUUAGGUGCUGCAUUGCCUAAGUUGAGAUUCUUGAAUCUGGCUGAAAAUGAGAUUCGAGGUCAGGAUUCUGAUUUUUCAGGGAUGGCAUUGAUCAGUUAUCUUAAUCUUUCAAGCAAUCUGUUUAAGGGUUCUGUUGUUGGUCUCUUUGAAGGACCAUUGGAGGUGAUUGAUUUGAGCAGUAAUCAAUUUCAAGGCCAAAUUUCUCAGGUAAAUUUCACUUCCAGCUUCAAUUGGUCGAGAUUGGUUUAUUUGGAUUUAUCUGAGAAUCAGUUUAGUGGGCACUUUUCCACUGACUUAAAACUUGCUGAAAAUCUGAAACACCUUAAUCUUGCACACAAUAGAUUUAUCAAACAACCAUUCUUGCAAAUUGAUAUGCUCUACAAUUUAGAAUAUCUGAAUUUGUCUGGAACUAAUUUGAUUGGUGGAAUUCCGAGUAUCAUAUCACAUAUGAGUAGUUUGAGAACGCUUGAUCUUUCCAAGAACCACCUCAGCAACCAUAUUCCUCAGUUCAAUACCAAAAAUCUUCGAGUUCUAGAUGUUUCUUACAAUGAUCUAACUGGAGAGAUCCCUUUGAUGCUCUUACAAAAACUUCAGGAGAUGGUGAGCUUCAAUUUCUCGUAUAACAAACUAAGCUUUUGUGCUUCAGAAAUCUCUCCAGAAACCAUUCAAGUGGCUUUCAUUGGGUCAGUGAACAGCUGCCCAAUUGCUGCAAAUCCAGCUUUCUUUAAAAGAAAAGCUCCGAAACGUAGGGGACUUGAGCUUCCCCUGGUUCUUACCCUCUCCAUGGUUUGUCUACUUUUGGGGUUGCUCUUUUUAGCCUUUGGUUGUCGAAGAAGAACCAGAAUGUGGGCUGUGAAACAAAAUUCCUGUAAAGAAGAACAAACCAUGUCUGGACCCUUUUCAUUCCAGACUGAUUCGACUACUUGGGUAGCUGAUGUUAAGCAAGCAACAUCCGUACCGGUGGUAAUAUUUGAGAAGCCACUGCUUAAUUUCACAUUUGCGGACCUUCUGUCUGCAACUUCUCAUUUUGAUCGGAGCACGUUGUUGGCUGAAGGGAGGUUUGGGCCUGUUUAUGCUGGAUUGUUACAGGGUGGAAUUCCUAUUGCUUUUAAAGUAUUGGUCCAUGGUUCGACCAUGACUGACCAAGAAGCUGCGAGAGAACUCGAGUAUCUUGGUCGAAUUAAGCAUCCCAAUCUUGUUCCACUAACUGGAUAUUGCUUGGCUGGAGACCAAAGGAUUGCAAUUUAUGAAUGCAUGGAGAACGGAAAUCUGCAGAAUUUGCUCUAUGAUUUGCCACUCGGUGUUCAAACUACAGAAGACUGGAGCUCCGACAUGUGUGAAGAAAAUGAAAAUAAUAUGAUCCAAAAUGUUGGAUCGGAAGCGUCAAUAUUGAAUUGGAGAUUUAGGCACAAAAUUGCGCUUGGUACAGCUCGUGCACUUGCAUUUCUUCACCAUGGCUGCUCGCCUCCCAUUAUUCACCGAGAUGUCAAAGCAAGCAGUGUUUAUCUUGACUCAAACUUGGAGCCAAGAUUAUUAGACUUUGGACUGGCUAAAAUUUUCGGGAAUGACCUUGAGGGUGAACAUUCACGAGGGUCAAUUGGAUAUGUGCCACCAGAGUUUCUUCAGACACAAACUGGUUCCUCACAGCCACCAACACCAAAAUAUGACGUUUAUGGAUUUGGAGUAAUUCUUUUUGAACUAAUUACCGGGAAAAGGCCCGUUGGAGAUUAUUAUCCCGAGGAAAAAGAUGGCACAUUAGUAAGUUGGGUACGAGGAUUAGUAAGGGGAAACAAGGGAUCACAAGCUAUUGAUCCAAAAAUCAAUGGAGCAGAAUUUGAGGAACAAAUGGUCGAGGCUUUGAAGAUUGGAUAUCUAUGCACUGCCGAACUUCCUUCAAAGAGGCCGAGUAUGCAACAAGUAGUUGGACUACUUAAGGAUCUUGAACCGAUCACACCAUAA